AUGUUCCCUAUCGCUUCCAGAAGAAUACUGCUCAAUGCUUCAGUUCUGCCAUUGAGACUGUGCAAUAGAAAUUUCACUACCACAAGAAUAUCCUACAACGUCAUACAAGAUUUGUAUUUGAGGGAACUAAAAGACACCAAACUGGCUCCAAGUACCUUGCAAGAUGCUGAAGGUAAUGUUAAGCCUUGGAACCCACCACAAAAACCAAAUCUACCAGAAUUGGAACUUCAAGGCCCAGAGGCUUUAAAGGCUUACACCGAGCAAAAUGUAGAAACUGCUCAUGUUGCUAAAGAGUCUGAAGAGGGUGAGUCAGAGCCAAUUGAAGAGGAUUGGCUAGUUUUGGAUGAUGCUGAGGAAACCAAAGAAAGUCAUUGA